UAAGCAAAGAUGACCCUAAAGUGAAAUGUGGAUUCUUUACAAUAUACAAUGUCCUUCCCACCAGCCACAUGUGUUUGUCAGAUGUUUACAGAGUCUUCAUUAACUAAGAGCUUUCCUAGAUAACAGAAGCUGAAGCAUGGCAUCAAUGACUCUGAUAAGGGCAAGUGUACGACCAAUCUGCUUGACAACUGACAAGAGGCUGGGGUUUGAAGCAGACUGCAAAAAGAGAACAAGAAAGUGAUUUGCAAAGGGCAUUCCAGUUGUUUGCCUUACAUCUUCUUUCCUCUCUCUGUAAAGAAACAAGACUGUUAAUAUCAGCUAAAAUACCCUGGUCCUCUUGUCUCUCCACCAUAAAGUAAAUAUAGAAGAAAUGCAUUGUUUUGGAGUAUUAACUGCACUGUCUGUUUUCAACAUCAUUGCUUGUUUGACAAGAGGCAAGCCUUUGGAAGACUGGGAAAAGUUAUCAGCUAUGGGAAAGUCUGAUGCACACUUUCAUGAUCCUGGGGAAAUAGAAGAUGAGACCCAUUUUGACUUUAAAUCUUUCCUGGAGAAUAUGAAGACGGAUUUACAAAGGAGUUUGAAUUUGUCAAGAGUCCCCUCACAAGUGAAGACCAAAGAAGAACCACCACAGUUCAUGAUUGAUUUAUACAACAGAUAUGCUGCAGACAAGUCCUCCAUCCCUGCGUCCAAUAUUGUAAGGAGCUUCAGUACUGAAGAUGUUGUUUCUUUAGAUUCACCAGAAGAAAAUUCAUUUCAGAAACACAUUUUAUUCUUCAACGUCUCUAUUCCACAAUAUGAGGAAAUCACCAGAGCUGAACUGAGAAUUUAUAUCUCCUGUCACAGAGAAGUUGAGUCUCUCUCUAGGCUGGAAGGCAUCAUGGUCAUUUAUGAUGUUCUAGAUGAUGGACACUGGGAAAACCCAGAAAGUACCAAAUCUUUCCUUGUCUCCCACAAUAUCCAGAAGUGUGGUUGGGAGAUGUUUGAAGUGUCCAGCGCUGUGAAAAGAUGGGUCAGAGCAGAUAAACUGAAGACUAAAAACAAGCUAGAGGUUGUUAUAGAGAGCAAAGCUCUGGGUGGUUUCACUUGUGGGAAGCUGGAUAUCAGUGUUGCCCCUGAUGCUAAAAAUCUGCCCCUGUUAAUGGUGUUCUCCAAUGACCGCAGCAAUGGGACAAAAGAGACCAAAGUGGAGCUCCGGGAGAUGAUUGUUCACGAACAAGAAAGUGUGCUAAAGAAGCUAGGAAAGAACAACACUUCAUCUGAAGAGGAAGAACAGGGAGAGGAAAAGGCCAUCACUGGGCCCCACCAGCAUUCCUCCAGAAGCAAGAGAAGCAUUGGGGCCAACCACUGCCGGAGAACUUCCCUCCAUGUUAACUUUGAAGAGAUUGGCUGGGAUUCCUGGAUCAUCGCGCCAAAAGAUUAUGAGGCUUUUGAGUGUAAAGGAGGUUGCUUCUUCCCUCUGACAGAUAACGUUACCCCAACAAAACAUGCUAUUGUCCAAACUCUGGUGCAUCUCCAAAACCCAAAGAAAGCCUCCAAGGCCUGUUGUGUUCCAACCAAACUGGAUUCAAUCUCCAUUCUUUAUAAGGAUGAUGCUGGUGUGCCUACUUUGAUAUAUAACUAUGAAGGGAUGAAAGUGGCAGAAUGUGGCUGCAGGUAGCAUACAAGGCAGAAUCUCAAAUAAUAAGAAUACUCCCUUUUUCUGCUCUGUGUAAAUCUGUACAAUAGUGAUGCCAAUGAAAACCCUUGCAAACAAGAUUUGAAGCAGGGUGUGGGGCUGGUUGUUGGUUUUGCUGCUUGUUUUAAAGGAAAACCGUCAUUUAAAGAAUGACAAUCAUUGUAAAUAGCCAGCAUUAUAUAUCAUGGCAAAGUGAAUAUUGGAUUAAAAUAUUGAGAGAUUGAAUGAACUAUGCAUUAUUUGCCAACAGUGAUACAAUUUAAAUACCUUAUUUCAACCUUUCUGUUUAAUCAAUUCUGUUUAGGUU